AUGGUUUUUGGGUGGUGGAAAUUGUUUGGUGCUGCCCUCGUUGGGAUUCUCUUCUUUCAUGGCUUUUGUGGAGCUGAAACAGUUCCGAACUUUAGCUUCAUGCACAAUGCAACCACAGCUCCGGACAUAUCGUACUAUGACUACAUUAUAGUGGGUGGUGGCACUGCUGGCUGCCCCUUGGCCGCCACUCUAUCCCAAAACUACAGCGUUUUGCUACUUGAACGCGGCGGCGCACCCUAUGGCAACCCCAACAUUACUAAUUUGUCAGCCUUUGGCCGUGCACUCUCUGACCUUUCCCCCACCUCCCCUUCCCAGCGCUUCAUCUCUGAGGACGGUGUCAUUAACGCCCGGGCCCGCGUGUUAGGUGGCGGAAGCUGCCUCAAUGCCGGUUUUUACUCACGCGCCGCCACUGACUACGCCAGGGAAGCGGGAUGGGAUACGCGGUUAGUGAACGAAUCGUACCAAUGGGUGGAGCGGCUCGUGGCGUUUCAGCCACCAAUACAGGCGUGGCAGUCAGCGGUGCGUGCCGGUCUGGUGCAAGCCGGGGUGGUGCCCUACAACGGGUUCACUUAUGACCAUAUCUACGGGACUAAAGUUGGGGGGACCACAUUUGAUCUCGAGGGACAUAGACACACUGCCGCAGAUUUAUUACAGUACGCUAACCCCACAGGACUUACCGUGCUCUUGCAUGCCACUGUCCACAAGAUCCUCUUCAGAACAAAAGGAAAAUCAAGGCCGUUGGCCCAUGGGGUGGUGUUCAGAGAUGCAUCAGGAACCAAGCACAGAGCUUAUCUCAAGAGUGGGCCUAGAAACGAGAUCAUUGUAUCAUCUGGGGCAAUUGGGAGCCCACAGCUUUUGAUGUUGAGUGGGGUGGGCCCAGCAGAGCACCUCAGGGCCCACAACAUCACAGUGGUGGUGGACCAACCCUUGGUUGGGCAAGGGAUGUCUGACAAUCCGAUGAACGCAAUUUUCGUGCCCUCACCCAUCCCUAUUGAGGUGUCACUCAUCCAAGUGGUCGGCAUCACCCACUUUGGCAGCUACAUUGAAGCUGCCAGUGGUGAAAACUUCGCUGGCUCUUCUGCAACCAGAGACUUUGGAAUGUUCUCUCCCAAGAUUGGACAGCUGUCAACAGUGCCACCAAAGCAAAGGACCCCAGAGGCCCUAGCCAAGGCAGUGGAAUAUAUGAACAGUCUUGAAGCCCCAGCCUUCAGGGGAGGGUUCAUUCUGGAGAAAGUCAUGGGCCCAAUUUCCACGGGCCAUUUGGAGCUUCGAACCCGAAACCCGAACGACAACCCAUCAGUGACAUUCAACUAUUUCAAAGAUCCCCAAGACUUGGAGAGAUGCAUCCAGGGCAUUGAGACCAUAGAGAAAAUAAUUGAAUCAAAGCCCUUCUCCAAAUUCAGAUAUGACUAUCUGUCUUUAGCAGCUCUGCUCAACAUUACAGCAAACAGCCCAAUUAACUUGUUGCCCAAGCAUGCCAAUGUCUCAAGGUCUUUGGAUCAGUUUUGCAAGGACACUGUGAUGACCAUAUGGCACUACCAUGGAGGCUGCCAAGUUGGGAGGGUUGUUGAUUAUCAGUACAAGGUUCUCGGCGUUGAUGCUCUUCGUGUUAUCGAUGGUUCGACGUUUAUUUACUCCCCCGGAACCAAUCCUCAAGCCACCGUAAUGAUGCUUGGAAGGUACAUGGGGAAAAGAAUACUGGAUGAGAGACUUGCUAGCGAUGGAAAUUGA